CCAAAUCCUUUUCAUAUUUUGAUGCUCAAACUUCCAUUAUCUACUGUAGCUCAUCAGAAACUUUCUUUAGGCAAUUCUACAGGCUGCCACACUACAGAAGAAGCGGAAAAAGGCAAACGGACGGUCAAUAUGCUACCGGUUGUUGUCCCUCCCAUUCCAGUACUAAAGGACAAACGGACAGUCAAUUUGCUACCGGUUGUUGUCCCCCCCAUUCCAGUAUUAAAGGACAAACGGAUGGUCAAUUUGCUACCGGUUGUUGUCCCCCCCAUUCCAGUAUUAAAGGACAAACAGAUUGUUGAUAUGCUGCCAAUUGCUGUUGAUGCCAUUUCAGUAGAUGAAUUAUAUAAGAUUACUUAUAGUUUUGGUUCAAACUCUUUAAUUGGCGAGGGAUCCUAUGGAAGGGUAUACGUUGGAGUCAUGAAAAGAGGACAGCCUGCAGCAAUUAAAAUGCUCAACUUUGGGUACCAGCCAUACCAAGAUUUUUUAGCACAGGUUUCAAUGAUUUCCACCAUAAAGCACGAAAACGUGAUUGAACUACUUGGUUAUUGUGUGGAUGGUGGUCUACGAGUCUUGGCUUAUGAGUUUGCUCCACAUGGAUCCCUAUAUGAUAUUCUUCAUGGAAAAAAAGGUUUCAAAGCAUCAGAGCCUGGUCUGGCUCUGUCUUGGGACCAAAGAGUCAAAAUCGCAGUUGGAGGUGCAAAAGGAUUAGAAUACAUUCACGAGAAAGGACAGAUUCAUUGUGACAUCAAAUCUAGCAAUUUUUUACUUUUUGAUGAUUAUGAUUUUGCUAAGAUUGCUGAUUUUUAUCUGCGAAGUCGAACAACUUUCAGUGAUACUCUUGAUUCCACUGGCUUAAUUGGGACUGUUGGUUAUCAUGCCCCCGAAUAUGUCACGGGCCUACUAAGUUGGAGGAGUGAUGUGUACAGCUUUGGGGUGUUACUGCUGGAACUCUUGACAGGCCGCAAACCAAUAGAUCAUACACAGUCAAGGGACCAGCAGUCUCUUGUGACAUGGGCAACACCGAUGCUCUACAAACACGGGGUAGAGCAGUGCGUCGAUCCUAGACUGAAUAGAAACUACCCUCCAGAGGCAGUUGCAAAGAUGGCUGAAAUUGCUGCCUUGUGUGUGCGAUUUGAAGUUGAUUUCCGUCCAAACAUGAACAUUGUAGUGAAAGCUCUCCAGUCUAUUUGAAUACUCGAUCUCCGUCAAACUUGUAAAAAAUCUGUGUAUAGUAAAAAUACAUUGUGUGAUGGAUUCACCGUUCUUUUACACAUAUGUGCGUGGGUGUAAUGUAUUUACGUGAUAUAGACGAUAUAUUCACAGCCUGUGCUUACGCACAAGCUCGGUGGAACAUCGAUCUGUUGGAUAGUAUUUUUUGGGUUUUCUGAUAUGCACUCUAAACAGCUAUGUAAUAACAGCAGAUUUCUGAUCUACACUUUAAACA